AUGUCUGAAGGUACCAGCAGCAUUCAGACGGCAGCAAAUGGGUUUGUAGCGCCAAGACGUGCAAUCCUGGACCCAAAAGACAUGCCUAGGUGGCAAAAGUCGUCUGCAUACACUGAGAUUUCUGGAUUCAUUGAGCAGCUCAGCAGCUGCGUCGAGAACAAGCUGAUUUCGUCCGAUUACCCAGUGUCAGCGCAUAUCCAAGCGGUUUGCCAACUGCUGGACACUGCUGAGAGCUGGAUCAAGCUGUUCCCGCCCGACACAACAUCGUCGCAGCGGUUUGGCAACCGGUCGUUCCGGCGGUGGGAGGAGGAGCUACGGGCGCAGGCACCGAAAUUGCUGCACCAGAUGCUGCCUGAGCCGGCGCAGGAGGCUGUCAUCGAGCUGGUGCCGUAUCUGAGCGAGUCGUUUGGCAACGCCACCCGCAUUGACUACGGGUCAGGGCACGAGCUGUCGUUCGUGGUGUGGCUCAUGUGUCUGUGCAAGCUUGGGUUCCUAGAACCAGCGGACUCUGCCGCAAUAGUGCUGGUGGUGUUUGUGCGGUACCUGCAGCUGUGCCAGCAGCUGCAGCGCACGUACAACCUGGAGCCGGCCGGUAGCCACGGCGUGUGGGGCCUUGACGACUACCAGUUUCUGCCGUUCUAUUUUGGCAGCGCUCAGCUCAUUGGCACCCAAACGACGCCGGCCAUGGGGCUGGAUCCCGGUCUGAUCGCAGAGAAGGCCAGUGAGUACCUGUAUCUGCAGGGCAUCCGGUUCAUCAUGGAGAUGAAGAAGGGCCCGUUCUUUGAGCAUUCGCGGCAGCUGUACGACAUCUCGGGCGUGCCGCGGUGGCAGAAGGUCAACCAGGGCCUGGGAAAGAUGUACCAGGUUGAGGUGCUGGGCAAGUUCCCGGUGGUCCAGCACCUGGUGUUCGGAUCGCUGUUUUCGAUGGACUAG